CCUGCUCUUAUAUAUCUUUUCUACUCACUCAUUUACACGUCGACCUCUUUGAGACGGGCUUCUCAUAAACAUCGACGCGGCCAUCAAUCAAUAAACAACACACAAACACUCGACAAACUCCUCCGACCUGCAUCGUCCACCUCCUGCAUUGCCUCACUUCGACGUAGACUCACCCCCGCCCACUGGACCUUGCUCACUCAGUCACCUAUCCCACACGACAACAAGACUCCAGUCACCAUGGCUGCCGUCACUCGUCAACCCUUUGCUCCCCUUGAUGGGGCUCGUCUUCAGAACCUCACAAGUCUCAAGAACAGGCAGAAUGCUCUUCCUCCUACUGCUGGAAAACGCAAGGCCGAACUGAUCGACACCGACGACUUUGAGAACAUUGACCCAUCCGCCUUUGCUAAGCGUUCCAAGGCUUCCUCCAAGGACAUGCUCAAGCCCUCUGCCUUCGUACUCAAGGCUGCUCCCAUCCCUGCUCCCUCUGCUCUUCCCGAUCGCCUCACCAGCCCUACCAAGACUCGCCGCACCCUCCAGCCCAAGUCUCACGCCUCCAGGCUCAGCACCGGAAGCAUCACCAAAUCGUCUCCCCUCUACGCUCCCGCUGGUCGCUCUCCCACCCGAACCAAGCGUUCCGGUCUGGCCUCGAGCCGCCGACGUGCCCUUGGACCCUACACCCGCGUGGACCCCCCUUCCUUCAGCCUUGGCUCUGCUGCUCCUUUCUCUCUCGAUGCCGCUCUCAAGGGCACCAUUCCCGGUUAUGGAUCUUCUAAGCCUGCUCCCAAGGAGCUGUUGAACCCUCUCGAUGAAGGAGAUAUGAAGGCUAGCUGGUUCUUUGAGAUUCAUGAAGAUACCCCCGAGCAGGAGAUGACCAACCUUCUCCAGCACAGCACCUGCGUUCUCGAUAUUUCGUCUGAUGAGGAGAGUGAGCGCAAGCGCAGCAGGGACCGUGCCGAGGGCCGCGACAAGGAAAAUAUUCCCCCCGCCGAUGACGUAUCUCAGACCUCAUCCCGCCGGUCUGCGCGAGUCAGCGCUGACGACAUGGUUGUCGAGAAGGAACGUGUUGCACUGGGUGAAAUGAACACUGCCGACUUUUACGCCGAGGGUUGCGAUGAGACUUCUGUCAUUAUUGUGCCUGCGGAUGAGGACGAGAUGCCGGAGCCAGUAUCCAAUCUGACCAAGGACUUUGUAUAUGCGCCAGAGGACAAGACCGAGGAGCCCACAGAAGAAAUUGAGACCCUCAUGGCCAAGCCAACAGAGGGAUCAUCCAAGGCUGCUGUGCUAGAACCCAUCGAGGGGACAGGCGAGAGCUUUGAGCUGUGGGAAAGCGGAAGCUCCAAGGACGAGGCAGAACCAGCGACAAGCUCAUAGCACAACACAACAAGUGUAUGAGUUUUAUGCUUUAAUGCCGGGGUCUGGAGUAUAAUGGUGUAUGGCGCAGGAAUUGGGAUUCUCUUCUUGCAGGCUACCAAGAGCUGGGAUACUGUUAUCGGUUUUGUGAUUUGCAUUUUGCAUUGUUUGAUUUGAAUUAAUUUCACAUUUAUUUG